AUGAGUGUUUUAUUAGUCCUUGCCUGUGUUGCUGCAGUUAUUGCUGGUCUUUUGCCUGAAGCAUCUUCGGAGAAUUUCGAUUCUCAUCCUCAUUAUAACUUCAAGUAUAGUGUGGAUGAUUCUAUAACUGGAGACGUUAAGGCUCAGACUGAGACUCGUGAUGGAGAUAAUGUGCAAGGUCAAUACACCCUAAAUGAUGCGGAUGGUUACAAACGUAUUGUUGACUACACUUCGGAUGCUGUGAAUGGCUUCAAAGCUGUGGUCCGUCGGGAACGUUUGGAAAGUGUGCCUGCUAAAAUAAUUGUGCCAAAACAAGUUGUUACUGAAACCGCCAAAUACAUUGCACCCAAGCCUACUACUACUACUGUGGUGCAUCAUCACCAACCCACUGUUUAUCAUCAAGCUCCUCAUACUCUACACUUCUUGCAUUCUUCGCCUUCGGCUGCACUUGUUAAAUCGUCACCAGCUUUAAUUUCCACCACCCAUCAUCAUACACCAGCCAUUGUACACCAUAGUCCCACUGUAGUACAUCAUUCACCAGCAGCUUUGGUCCAUCAUGCUCCCGCUUUAGUUAAGACAUCGAUUAGCACACCUCAUCAUGUUUCCUACGUUCAUUAUCAUCACUAAAUCCACAAUGUUUAAUGUUGAAAAUUGUUAAAUAAAGAGAAUUUUUAAAAAUAA